GAAAUAAGUAUACAAAUAUUUGCACCAUCAAAUCAAGCAUUUGAAAAUGUAGGAAAAUUAAGUGACGUUGCUAUCGAUAAUUUGUUAAAAAGGGGAAACUUUAACAUUAGCAAUGGAAAUGGAAAAGUAGGAAAAGUGAUUAGUGCCGGUAAUGUCGCAAGUAAUAAGUCAUCAAUGCAAGUGAUUAUCGAAUUACCAAAUAGUCCAACGAACGUAAUGGAUCAAAGAAAAGACAUAAAUGAUUUUGAAAAAUUAAUCACCGCAGCAAACCUUGGAAAUUUAUUCGACAUUGAUAGGAGCUACAAUAUUUGCACCAUAAGCGUUGGCAAAAUAGGUUUUUCGGGUGUAUUAUUAGAAGGAGCUUCGGACAACCUAAAAAGUUAUGAAGGAUCUACACGAGGGUUUGUAGAAAAUACUACAACAUAUAACGAUGGUAAUAUAUUGCAAAUUCCUAGCGAUAACAAUAAAGAUAAGAAUUAUUCUGGUGUCACUCAAAAUAAUAGACACGGUAAUGCCAUUAAAGAUGUCAGUAAUAUCAAGGCACUAAUGAUGAAAUAUGGUUGUGAGAAAUUACGGUAA